AGAGUUGCUCUUUGAGCGUUGAAGAGAUCAUAUCUUAAUCGAGCAUCAUGACUGGCCGUGGAAAGGGAGGAAAGGGAUUGGGAAAGGGAGGAGCGAAGCGUCACAGGAAGGUUUUGCGUGAUAACAUCCAAGGUAUCACCAAACCAGCCAUCCGUCGUCUGGCUCGUCGUGGCGGUGUGAAACGUAUUUCUGGAUUGAUCUACGAAGAAACUCGUGGUGUUUUGAAAGUUUUCCUUGAAAACGUUAUCCGCGACGCUGUUACCUACACCGAGCACGCCAAGAGGAAGACUGUGACUGCAAUGGAUGUCGUAUACGCUCUGAAGCGUCAAGGAAGAACCCUUUACGGUUUCGGUGGUUAAAUUUCCUAUUUCGACCAUCAUAUCCAUCAAAACGGCCCUUUUCAGGGCCACCAAAUCUUUAAACGACGAAAGCGCUCCAUUCGACAAUCAUUUAAUUUUUAAAAAUCUAUUCAAUUCUCAAACCUUGAAUAUAUGUUUCGUAUAUUUCGUACCUUCUAAGAAAUUUAGAAUGAAUUAACUGUUUGAUAGGUUAAUCUCGUUGAGUAAACUUAUUUAAUUUUAGAAUUGAAAUCGUAGUGUAGGUUUGUUUAGUAUUAACCAUUUUUUUAUAAGAUUUGGCAUUGCAUAUAAGUAUCUAGAAUUUUUGUGGUUUAUAGUUACUUCUUGAAAGUCCCAAUGUCAGAUUUAAACUGUUACGUCAACGACCGAUAUGGAAGGCGUGUGUAGCGUCGUCCGUUGCUCUCUUCGCAUUGCUUCUGCAUUAUAAAUGGAUUCUUUUCUAAAUGGAAUUUACGUUAAAGUUAUUUUAUGAAUCAUCCGAGCAAUAUCUUACUGGCAUUCUGUUGUCAAAAGGAGAACGAAACUUGGCAUAAAGACAAACCUAACCUCAGCCUUGGGAGUCACCCCUAUAAUCGAUUCCCAUACCGAAGGGAUUAAUGUAUGGCUUUAUGGGCUUGGCUCCUACCUAUGACGAAAUGUGAAGCUUUUAUAAUUAUUGUAGCGUAAUAUUAUUGAAAUAAACAUGUGUGUAUUCGUCCCGA